ACCUCAACUUCCCGAUAACAUACCAUCGUUUUAUGUAAAGCUAAUGCGACAAUGUUGGGACGCUGAGCCAUCAAUACGGCCGAGUGCAGAAGAAAUCACGCGUACUAUUUACAAAUGGAUUAACAAGCCCACAUCGGAUGUCGAAUCAGAACUUGAAGCAGCAGAAGCGAUGAGAUUCAAUCAAAAUAAAUCUAGUCCACAAUUGUCGUUGAAAAUAAAUCCACAGGCUAUCUACACUAGUCGAUCGCUUCCAACAAUUAAAACCGAUCUUUUCA